CACGUUUUUUUUUUACACUUCCCACUUGGCUGUAUGGCAUACAGGUGUGUGCCUACGCGCCGGGAAAAAGUUAUGUUCGUUUGACAUUUCGUUUACGCGAUGACGAUGGCAAUUUAGUCCCGUCGCGAUUAUUUCUUUAAAGUGGUGUAUAAGCCACAUAUAUAAUGAUGAAAGGAUGGUGAAGUCUUCUGGUGAGUGUUUUGAUGGUUAUUAUCGUGGAACGAUGGCAAUUAUGAGCUUCAUAUGUUCAUGACAAUGACCUAACCUCACGUUCUUUCUUUCAGUAUAAAAACAAUGGUUUAGUCCAUCGACUAGGGGGAAUGCUGUUAUAAUAUCGUCCCACGUGAUGUGGGGUCAAAGUCCACCGGCAGAGUCCAGUGUUAAAGUUCUACUAGAAUGAUCAACUGUAAAGACUAACUUCAAAAAUCAACUUCAAGGUCUUCCUUCAGGGUCUAGCUCCCCAGCCAUGACUACCAUUUGUGUUCAUUAUCUACUUUUGCCGUCAGGGUCAGUUCCUGCUGCGGUCAUUAAUGUACAUAAUUCCAGUUUGGUGUUAAAAUCUCUGGAUACCAUCUAGAUAUCUCUUCUUCAUGAUUAAUUUAACUUAUUAUGGAUAGUGCCAUUCUCUCAAUGUGUUAUUCAACUAAUACAUGGAGUAUUUAUCCUCAAUACAUACUCCAUGCCUUUUGUCAGGACCUGCCGUCCUGACACUUUACUUAUCCUCAUAGGUAUAAAACCUAGUGGUUUAGGAAUAAUGCUAAGUUAGGAUAACAUGUUAUAGUAAAAGAUUUGUUUCUUAAUUUACAUUAGGAUGGAUUGUAACUGACUGACUUCAUUUUGUUUUUAUUGUGAAAUUGUUGAACCAAUUAUACCAUUGUUAAAAGUGAAAUCUUUAUUAUUUCCAAUACCUUGGCUUUGUUUGCAAUAGGAGGGGAUCAUCUAUAAGGCGUCCACAUUGUAAUGUAUUACAGUAAGCGCCCAACGUUUGGCUCAGAAAAGCAAGGUUGGAAAUUAGUAGGUAUUUCACUUUCUUUGUUCUUUGUAACAUAACCUAGUUAUAAGCACAUGGUGUAACUUUAUAGCAAAUAGGGUGUGUUUUCUUUUAAUAGUUACACAUUUAUGACUUUACUUUUCUAUUUAUAAGUAGGUAUGUAAACUUGAAAUUUAGCAUAUCUCCAGUUGUUGUUGCAUAGGGACAUAGUGAUAAUUUUAUUGACAGGACCAUAGUAUCUCUCAGAUUUCUUUUUCUUAUUUUGAGCUGAGUUAGUUUACAUAGGGCCAUAGUCAUAUACUUUUAAUAUCACAUAGGACUAUAGUGACACAAUUCCUUUUUCUAGUAAUUUAUAUGAUUAUAAACAUAGUGACUCAGAGCACAUAGAAGUUCUCAUGUAGACACAGUAAUAAUCUGUGGGUUUCUAACUUAUUUUAUUUGUUAGUGGUUACAUAGGAACAUAGUAUUCAUAAAUUUGAUACAUAGGACCAUAGUAGCAUGUAGAUAAGUACCCUAUAGGGGUGUUACUUAUAAUUUUUUUUUCUUCAUUACAUUUUGUUAGUACUUAGAGUACUAUAACUGUAUUCACAUACCUUAGUGUCAUAACCAUAUUUCUUUUUCACUUAUCUGGUAUACUGUUCUUACUUUGUUUACUCAGAAUGGCGGAAUUCAAUGCUAAUAUUAACUUCUUGUUGAAAGAUGAACUUAUUCAUGAACUUUCUAUUCGGAAUGUAAAGGUUGACCGGGAUAAUACUGUUGAGCAAUUACGAAAAUUAUUUAGACAAACUUGUAAACAAGCCCGUCGCGGCAGUAUAGUUAUACCAUCUGAGGGUUUUGAGUGUGAUCUUGAUGAUGAACAUAAAACUUUAACAUUAAAAAUAAAUGAAAUCAUCUCUUGUUUAUCGAGUCCUGACAAAUCUCCUUCGGCCCAUCAGCGUAUUCUAGGCCGUGCUCAGUAUUUGCUUUUGCGGUUGUCUCGCAUAGAACGUCCGGCCGAUGACCUUGAAAAAUUGAAAACUUCUUUAUUGUUAUCAUUGGCCAAUAAUGAUAUCACUUCCGAUUCAUCUUCAGAUUCCGAGCAUGAAUUAAACCGUCCGUCGUGUAUUAACAAAUAUAAAACUAUUAUUUCUCAUGAAAAGAAAUAUAACCUCAACUCGUUGAAUUUGAAAUUUAAGGGUGAUUCCUGUGUUCGCGUUUUCCUGGCUCGUUUGGAGGAGCUGUGUUCGGCACGGAACAUUCUUGUUGAUGAUAUUUACACUGGUUUUACUGACUUGGUGGAUGGUCCCGCUUUAUGCUGGUACCGCGCCAAUAAAUGUCGUUUUUCUAACUAUAGUGAACUGGUUUCUGCUUUGAAAUCAGAUUUUGAUUUACCUGACUACGACUUUCGUCUUCUUGAAGAGAUUCGUUCGCGAACACAAGCGAAAGAUGAAUCCAUUGUCAUAUAUUUGUCCAUCAUACUAGGUAUGAUGUCUCGUUUGAGUAAAGAGCUUUCUGAGAGCGAUAAACUCGACAUCAUCUUGCGGAAUAUUCGUCCUGAAUAUAGUAGGGAAAUUCGGAUGAUUGAUGUCACUACCAUCCAACAAUUACAACAGAUAGGUAAACGUUUGGAAUUGUCAAAACAUAGGAUUGACAACUUUAUAGAACCUAAUUUCUCUAAAAAUUCCGUAGCUCCGGAUUUCAACUUUAAAUGCAAACCUAAAUCCUCUAGGGAUUUUUCUAAAAACAUUCCUGUCGCUUCUGUUAAUCGUUCUUCGACUUGCUUUCGCUGUGGUGGAACGAAUCAUUCCACAAAUCGGUGUAAUGCAUCUAAGGAAGUAGUUUGUUUUAAAUGUGGUAAGAAGGGGGUAAAGACUCCUCUUUGCCCAAAUUGUAAUCCUCAUUCUAAUCCAAAAAACUAGAUUGCUUAGUCUCUCUGGGAUCUGAAUCCUGCAGGGAGGCGAUAUUUAAUCCUGAUUCUAAAGACUUUCGCCCUUAUUUAACUGUUAAAGUCUAUGGCAUUAAAAUUUCUGGUUUACUCGACUGUGGAGCCGCUUGUUCUAUUUUAGGAAACAAUGCUCAUAAAUUCUUUAAAAAUCUUGGUAUCCCAUUGCGUAAUUUAAAGUCCCCUGUAUUUUUGAAAGUGGCUAGUGGUCACGAAUACAUGUGCCAAUUUUACAUGGAUAUUCCUAUUGAAUAUAACAAUGAGGUUAAGCUCAUUCAAUUUUACAUUCAACCCGAAAUCAAACUUCCAUUACAUUUCGGAAUUAAUUUCUGGAAAUCAUUUAACUUAGCCCCAGAAGUUCUGGCGUGUCUACCUGCAAUAGAGCCUGUCGAUUUAUACAAUGUAGCAAGUGUCAAAGAAAAUGGCUUGCGCAAUUUAGAUUCUCUUUCUGAUUUUCAAAAACAAGAAAUUGUUAACGUUAAACAACUUUUCUCAAAUAUUGAUUCAGAGUUAGUCGGCCUUGGUCGUACUCAUUUAAUAGAACAUGUUAUAGAAACAGGCGAUGCGAAACCCAUAAAACAAAAAUAUUAUCGUAUUAGUCCUGAAAAACUUAAACUUCUAGACGGUGA